GGAAUGAAAUUAGCAAUUUUACUGACGUUUCAUCUUUUGAGGUUAUGUGUAAAAAUAUUUGUUUUAUUUACAAAUAUUGUUUAAAAAUUUAAGAAAUCAUGGAUAUUACUCAACUGCCAGUACAAAGAACGAUUGUUAAACACAAUUCCAUAGCAAAUAGAACUUUUACACACGAUUCAAAUACUUUGAUAGAAUGCGUUCCGUUUUCUAAUUUAGGAAAAAUACAACCGUUUUUAGUCACAUUAUCUACAAAUGCCGCCCUGUUAAUGGAUUUCCAUUCCCAUUUAUCGAAAUCGGAGGUUUAUGGAUAUUUAGCUGGGCAUUGGGAUGUUAAUACGCACAAUUUACAAAUAACGCAUACUUUUCCAUGUCGAAAUGGAAAAUCCGAUAGGGAAAACUCUAGCAAAGUAGAAAGUGAUAUAGCAAAAGCAAUAGAAGCCGAAAAAUUAGUAUUAGUUGGAUGGUAUCAUUCCCAUCCAUUUUUACCAUGCGCACCAACAUUACGAGAUAUUGACGCACAAUUAGAUUAUCAAAUUAAAAUGAAAGGAAUUUCUGAUAACAGUUAUACACCUUGUAUUGGGUUUAUUUUAUCACCGUACAAUUAUGAUAACGCCCCAUUAGAAAUAUUAUCAAAUAUAAUAGCAUAUUGGGUGAUUCCCCCACCGGAAAGUAAACCAAACGAAUAUGGAAGACCAAUGUUAAUGUCGUAUAGCGUAGUUCAAGAUUCCCUAUUAACACCAUAUGUAAAAGAAGAAAUAACAAAACUUGCUGAAUAUUAUAAAAAAGAUGUUGAUUUUAUAGAUUUUUCAGAACGUUAUAACAAUUCUUCGACUUAUAUUGAAAAGUUACGUACAGCUUUGGUGUCGAAAUUUCCACGAGAAGAAAACGAAAAUAUGAUUUGGUCGUUUAUUCGUGAAAUUUUAGGUUGUCCAAGUGAUCUUAAAGAUAAUCUUUUAUCAAUACCCACGGUUAAUAAAUCAUCAAUUUUAUCGGGAAUGAAUUCAAGUUUAGGUAACUUAAUGUUACCUACAGAUAUCGCAUCCGUAUUGUUUAAUUCCGGGAAAUUUCCAAGCGCAACAAGCAUGUUAGGUUUGCCAGAUCCGAUGGCGCAUUCUACUUUAGCUGCUAAUAACAUGUUUCUUUCAACGAACUUGUUUAAAAUGCAAGAAUUAUUGAAACCCCUGUCUACAAACACGAUGUUGGGUGGUAAGAGUAAACAUGAAAAAAUUGCUUCGCCACUAAAAAUUCCAACGGAAGUUAAAAAUCCAAAACUCGAAUUCCCCACAGACGUUAACGUAUUAAAUUUAAAGAACAAAUUUGAUUUCGGCCCAUUUGAUUUACCAACAUCGACUAAAACAAAAUCGGAAUUUUCUGAUUUAACCUCAUCGUUCGGAAAGGUUCCAAAAAGUGAUUUCUCUUUAGAUUUAAGUAGAAAAGAAGGAAGUCGAAGUUUCACAGAAAGCUUGCCUACAGAUUUUAGUAUUAGCGGCGGAGAUGAUGACCAACCCAUGAAUCUCACAGCGGAUUAAUUAAAAAAAAACGAAUUUUUUUAAAUCAUGUAUUUAUUUUUUUGCGUUUACAAUUAUAUGUUUAUAUUAAGCAUUAUAUUUUAUAUGAUGAGAUUAAAAGAUUGUACAUACAAA